AUGGUUCCACUGCAAACCUCCCUCGCGCUGGUGUCCGUGCGGUGGGCGAUCGUUCUGCUGCCGUUGCUGAUGUUGCACGCGAUUGCGCUAGACGCCAAAUCACAACCGUCGAAACAGUUGCGCGUGUGUAUCGUGGAGGGUAGCGGUAACUACAAGAAAGGGACACAAAACUGUCCCACGCUGGAGAAAACCUCCAACAUACGCUGCGUGUACGGGCUCGAUCGGCUAGACUGCUUGCGCAAGAUACACAAGGGUGCCGCCGACUUUGCCGCCUUCUACCCGGAAGACUUUCUUGCGGCACGGUGGGCUGGGGUGGACAUGCUGGUUACCAGCGAGCUACGGUUUCACGCCGAACACUUCGAGUACCAGAUCGUGGUGGUGGUGGAUAAUGAGGCGGAGAUUAACACGGCACGCGAGCUGCGGGGAAGCAAAUUCUGUCAUCCCGGGCAUGGUUUGAAGAAUCACUGGACGGCCGUACUGGCAGAUUACUUUGAAACGAGACUGACACCGCGAGAUUGUGAGGAAGAUCUGUCGCCGGUGGAAUCGAGACUAAAGUCCGUCGCCUCUUUCUUUGGACCUUCCUGUCGGGCUGGCCCAUGGGUACCGGAUCCGGUAGAGGAUCGUCGAUUGAAGAAAAAAUAUCCUUCUUUGUGUCAACUGUGCUACAACUCCUAUCAGUGUGCGAUUGGUGAUAAACACUGGGGCAGACGUGGUCCACUGUACUGUUUGACGAGCGGUGCCGGUGAGGUGGCUUGGGCAAGAUUAGACGACGUACGAAGUCACUUUGGAUUUUCUGGCCUAGUGGCUGAAGCGAACCCAACGGAGUAUAGUUUCCUCUGCCCAGAUGGACAUCUGCAGCCACUGAACACACGGAAACCAUGUGUUUGGGUCGCUAAACCUUGGCCAGCAGUUGCUGCUAAAUCGAAAGUAGCAAUGGAGGUGCAGGACUUGGUAUCCAAUCUAACACACGACGAUGUCAACGGCUGGCAGAAUGCGUUGCUUAUGUUGCUGGAAACAUAUCACGUCAAUAUUACCACGCUAGACACUGUCAUCCCGGUCGAUGACUAUCUGGAUCAGGCGGUCGGAUUUCAGGAUGCGUACAACAAUCCCGGAUGUAGCCCAAGCCGAUCGAUAGUGUUUUGCACCAAAUCGUUGCUGGAACUUUACAAGUGCUCUUGGCUGCAGGAGGUUGCCAGUGUGUACGGUGUCGAACCAGGCUUCCAGUGUAUCCGUACGGAUAGUUUGGACCAGUGCAUGGCCAAGGUACGGUCCAAAGAUGCAGAUCUAGUGAUAGUCGAUCAGGAUAAUGCGAUGCGAGCACAGCGAGAUUAUGGUUUACGUUCGAUUCUGCACGAAUACUCAUCGAAUGCACUCCAUAAGUAUCUGAUAGUAGCGGUCGUUGCGCGUGAUGGAGGUCUACGUUCUGGAUAUGAUCUUCGAAAUCGCCGCGCUUGUUUUCCCCAGUAUGAAGGAGCUGCCCAUACCGCAGUUAUGGCCGCUCUGCGAAACCAUUCGAUCGGAAACGUACGCGACUUCUUUUCCGAAAGUUCAUGCAACUGGAAACGCACCAGCCGCUGUUCCUCGGUGUACGAUGGAGAUGCGGGAGCCAUGCGAUGCCUUCAAGACGGCAUAGCGGACGUUGCGUUUGUGAGCUACGACACGUUCAAAAGCAUGAAACAUUCUGCACAAACUAAGCAGCAGGAAAACUGGACCAUAUUCUGUCCGUUCAACAAACCGGUCAAACACAACGCCCUCUGCUACCUUGGCUGGACAUCGGUGGGGCGCGUCAUGAUCAGCAACGAAACGAUUGCGAGACGGCAGAACGAAAUCUACAACGCCAUGAAAGAUGUCGAUAAGCUAUUCGGGCGCAAGAACGGUCUCAAGGCGGAAGCAUUUAAUCUGUACGGUAUGUUCGACGGUCGGAGCGAUGUGUUGUUUAAGGACGGUACCGAAAGUCUUCGCAACCGGCAGGAAAUGAUGCGCGACAAGAGCGAUGGCUUUUUCGACCCGGCGGGCGUGAAUCAGCUGCAUAGCAUGGGUACACGGUUGAAGUGUAGCUUGCACCAAUUACUGACGGCUGUGGCAGUCUUGACAUUCACACAAAUGUUGCAAAGGGGACCGCCACCGGUUUCUUCGUCGUCUAGCGGGAGGCUACUGUAUGGGCCCGAGUCGGGCCCUUCGGGCAAUAAUAGUCACACAAACUACUAUUGCGACUCGCACCGAAAUCCUGUCGGGCUGUAA